AUUCUCUACUCUCCGAUAUAUCGACCUGGCCGAUCCCACGUUUCGAUCCGCUUUCCGGACCUUUCCCGCACUCCAGAUGCCCUUGCAUCCCGUGGAGAUUUAUCAAGUCAAUACACUGUGAGAAGUACUUGGGACUUGCGCCCAUCUGCGUGAUACCAUACCCGGAGGAACUCGAAUCAUUGUCUCCGUCCACCAUGUCCACCGCAGUUGCAUCUGCAGCGGCCCCCUUGUCAUCACCACACCCAACUCGCAACCCUAGCCCGAGAAACCUCCCGUCUUUGGCUCCUCCGAAUAAUAUCCCGUCCAAACUCUCUCCACCCCGGAUGUCCAAAAGCCCCAAGCAUGGAUCCGCAGCCCACGGUUCCCCGACCGAGAGAGGUCCAGCAUCUCCAUCCCAAGCUGGCAGCGGAGGCCCACAAAUCACUGUAAAGAAGGAACCGGGUUCCUCCCCACGAAUGCAGAGUCGGCCCCGGCCUCGGAAAUUGGACCUUUCGACUAGUCUUCCAUCCUCCAGCCUGGCGUGCCUGUCGCCUGGCUUCCAGACCCACGAUCCGGUCAUGCGAGAGCAGCUGCAGCGCAGCCUCUCUGUGCGGGAUCAGCAGCGGUCGAUCAUUGAACAGCGCAUGCAGAGAUCAGCGAAAGACGAUGGUCCGGACGGUAUUAAGCCCUCCGAGUCAAAUUUGAUGGGUAUGCCCAAGACCGGAAAGCGCAGACCUCCGGCCGGCCUAUCGAUCGUCCCUCCAUCGGCCUCCCAGUUUGCAAACGAGCGAGUCAUCCAAUCUGCUCCACUACACCAGACUUUCACUGGCAGGUAUCAGCCACAGCCAUUGACCCGCCAUGUCGUCAACCAGAGCCCGACCUUGGGCUCGACCUCCCACAUGCAUCAGCUGCCAGCAACCCAAACAAACAAUCGUCUUCCUCCCCUCUCCGACGUGUUCGGUUCCGAUACAUUGGGUCGCGACCGGGACUCUGGCCUCGCUAAUAUCCACUUGAACGCAUCGAGCACCAACUCCUCUCAAUCCAACAACUUGGCGCCGAUGCCUUCCCCUGGGCUGCCAGGUAACAUGUCCCAAACCCCCAACCGACCGCGCGAAUAUCACUCAGCCGAAGAGGCCGUGCAAGAGAUGUCCGGUGGACGAGAGGAGUUGCUGCCUCGCAUUGUUCACUAUGGAGGACACCAACCUCCCACUCCGCCAUCCCCACAAGUACUCCACGCAGACCCCAAGACCGCGCCCCUUGCCCCAGAACCCCAAGCGCCUCACGGUCCGCCUCCUGCCUCCUUUGGUAUGUUUGCCCCGUCCGAUGGUACGGCACGUCGGCGCCCUCGGAGCGAGUAUGAACAUGACAACGGAAGUCCGCCGCUGGGUCAUGGCCCCGACUCUCAAUACCGGCCCAACCCGGCCACCAUGCCCGGCCCGCAUGCUUCGUUCUCUGGACCUUUUGGUGCAGGAAGAGACUCACCCGAGACGCAGCGGAGAAAGAAGGAUGAAUUCCUUGGUCUCUGUGCACGAGCUUGGGAUUUGUUCCACUCGUGA